AUGCCUGGAAUCCUGCCCAUGAAGGUGAUCAAGGUGGGCACCAGCUCCCAGAGCCGCAUAGCCCAAGCCUGCGACCGAUGCCGGAGCAAGAAGAUCCGCUGCGACGGCAUCAGGCCGACCUGUUCGCAAUGCGCCAAUGUCGGCUUCGAAUGCCGCACGAGCGACAAGCUCAGCCGUCGCGCCUUCCCCCGGGGCUACACCGAGUCUCUCGAGGAGCGCGUGCGCCAGCUUGAGAACGAAGUCAGGGAACUGAAAGACCUGCUGGAUGAGAAGGAUGAGAAGAUCGACAUGCUGUCGAGGAUGCACGGAAAUCACAGCCAUGCGAUCCAUCGCAGCCCUUCCAUCGCCGUGUCAGCGCAUUCGCCGGCGUCCGCCGCCGACGCCAGGAGGGAUGCCGCGACCCCGGCCAAGGAGGACACUUUCCGCGUGCAGGCGUCGCCGUUGUUGCUCGGCGUUGAUAAUUCAGAUUCAUACUUUAUGGGGCCGUCGAGCGGCCGUGCCUUUAUCGAAGCGUUUAAGCGCAAGAUGCAAGAAAACGGCAAAUCUUGCUCGGACUUCAACCCAGAAGCUUUUUUGCACAUCCAGGGCUGUCAUCCUCUUACAUCAAAAUCGCCCGACAAGUCUCUGAAGGUGCCGCCGCGUCUGUUUUCCGACCGAUGCGUCAACGUUUACUUCCAAGAAUGGGCGCCAUUGUUCCCCGUCUUGCACAAGCCAACGUUCCUCCAUAUUUAUGAGGAAUUCGUCUCUGACCCGGAAAAGGUCAGGAAUAACCACAAAAUCGCCCAGCUGUAUCUGGUCUUUGGUAUUGCGGCGCUGGGUAGCGACCAGCCCGACCUCGAGCAGGUUGCGGCCUGCGAGCAGCAAUGGCAGCGAGCUGUUGAGGCGGUCCUCAUGGAUAACACCAUGAUCACACUGCAGUGUCUUGAGUUGGCCCUCCUUUACUGCCUCGUAAGAGCGGAUUACAAGCGCCUCCAGCAUUACAAGGGCAUCGCGGUGGGCUUGUCUCACCGCCUGGGACUGCAUCAGAGCCAGAAGCGCUUCUCCUUUGGUGCGCUCACUAUCGAGACCCGCAAGAAGGUCUUUUGGACGCUCUACACUUUGGACUGCUUCUCUGGAGCUAUUCUAGGCCUGCCACAACUGCUCAAGGAGGAUGAGAUCCACACCGAGUAUCCGUCGGAUACCGACGACGAGUAUGUGACUGAGAAGGGCUUCCAACCAACCCUUCCCGGCGAGUACACUCGUCUUUCGAGCGCCCUGGCACUUUUCCGUUGUUGCCGGAUCCUUGCCAAGGUCAUGAAAACGAACUACCCAGCCGCUACGUCUCACGAGCUGUCGCUGCAGCAAAUGUCCGCCAUGGACGCCGAGCUCGACGAGUGGUGCGAAUCUCUGCCCACCCAUCUCAAACUCACCUUCAAACAAGACAAACCUUCGACCGACAUUACUGGAAGCCGAUCCCCAUUGCUUGCGCUUGCGUAUUACUACACAAAGACGCUCAUUUUCCGUCCUGCGGUGGGCUCCUCGCUUGGCCAUAAAGCGGCACCCGCGUUGAUGUCAAUUGCCGAAUCCGCGAAGCGCAUUGUUCAGAUCAUUCAGUUGUUGGAGGAACGCAAUAUGACCUACUCCUUCUGCUUUAACAAGACAGAUACCCUGGUGCUCUGCGGCAUCACUCUUCUCUAUCAGAGUUUCGACUUGAAGCAGGACAGUAGGAUUCUAAAGGAUACAGAGCGGAUGGUCAACAGUGUCCUCCAAAUUCUCACCAAAGCGAAGGCCUCAGGGUCUUUCGAUCUUACGCGCGUAGCCGGCAUGCUCGUUCGACUCGACGAGGCUAACCUGCCCACUCUGCUGCAGCAGAGCCCCGAAGCGUCCAUGCCCGCGCCGCAACGGUCAUCGCCGCCCGCGUCAGCGCCCAAGAAGAAGUCACCUCAACAGACUCUCGGUCGCUUGCCCAGUGCCGCUACUAGCGAUAACAACCUGAUCAGGCAGCAGGAGAAGAUGCGCCGCAUGACCAUGCCCAACAUUAAUGAGCGUCCAGAGCUGUACCGGUCCCGCUCAAAGCCGUCGUCCGAGAACCUGCAACAGAAAAGCAUAGCCGCCCGCCGCGAGCAGCGGCUUUCCAUGUCUCGGAUCUCCAAUCAUACCAGCACGACGUCGAAGCAGAAUCUGGACUAUUUGUCCCUCAGCAGCACACCCAACGACUCUUCGCCAUCACCGCCAACCCCGGCGCGUCUACACCGCCACAUCGUGACCGCAACACACCAGAACCUCUACGCCCAGCACCAGCAGCAACAGCAACGUCAACAGCAACCGCAGAAGGUCCCGGGUGUGUCCUCUUCAGAAUGGGAAGCGCUUUUGGGCUCUAUGGACGGCGGGCUGAACAACGUCUAUGACGCCAUUUACGGUGGCGCAGCCAGUAGCCUGCCAGUGAUUGGCGGAACGCCAGCGUCGUCAACAGGACUGGACAGCUGGAGCCCCGAUUCAUGGGAUCUGGCCAAUUUCAAUCUUGGGGACUUUGACACGAACCCGGCACCGCCGCAGAGUGUGCUGAGCGUUAGCGAGGAAAGCCUCAGCUCCGGAGAGGACCUGACGAGCGAUUUGAAUCUGAGCGUAAGCAGCCUGGAAUAUCGGAACGCGCUGCUCGCAUCGUGCAGUGCGAACAGUGACGGGCUAUUUCUUGAUGGGCUAGAUGGAAACUAUGGAUUGUGA